AUGCGAUUCAAGACAUGCGGCCGGCGGUUCGCGGGGAGUGCGGCGCCGCCGGCGGGCGGGCGCCGGAGCCCCGGGCGGGCCGAGAGGUCACGUCCCUGGCUCGAAGGGGGGGCCGAUCACCUCCGCGCAGGGGGCCGGGGCGCUGCCGGGCGAUCCUCCGCGUCCCUGUGGCGCCGCAGCCCGGCAAGCUCCAGUGCCGCGGGCGCCUCGCGGGCCGCCCGGGGCAUGUCCCCGAGCGGCAGCGCGGCCAGGAAGGCCGCCAGCCCGACGGCGGCCAUGGCCAGGAAGGGCCCGCGGACGCUGCUCCUGGAGCUCAACUCACCGCGGUGUGUGGCGCCCCUGAAGAGGUAG